AUGCAAACAUGCGUCCAAGAGAGCUGCACAGCAAAGGAGAUGCUGGUGGCCCUUAACCAGUCAAUGACCGCCUGUGGAGUUCCUCCAACUCCGGCAUACGACAUGAUGCAGUGGUUUCGUGAGCUUCUAUUCGGCGUCCAAACCUUUUUCAUCAUCCUCAAGGUCGUCGACAAAUUGUUGAAGCUCUCGCCUUGGGGCUGGGGCUGGGACGAUCUGACCAUCCUGAUAGCAUAUGUUCAUGUCGCAGCCAUCUUCCCAUUGAGCAUUCUGGCCGAAAAGUCUGGCGCUGGGAGAGACAUCUGGACGCUUACUCCUGACCAGAUUACCGACCGUCUUUUUAAUUUGUUCAUUUGCACCAUACUAUACAUGAACGGUUUAGCGUUCAUCAAGGCAUCGAUUCUAUUUUUCUAUCUACGCAUCUUUCCCGACGAGAAGUUUAGGAGGAUUCUUUGGGGUACACAGCUCUUCAACCUUCUGCUCGGGAUUUCUUUCACCGCCGUUGUUCUCGGCGGGUGCAGGCCCCUCAACUUCUUUUGGAAUGGGUGGUGGGCAGGAAAGAUGGAAGAGAAAUGCAUCAACAUGAAUGCAUUCUCCAUAUGCAACGGUGCAUUCAACCUCGCGCUCGAUGUAUGGAUGCUCAUGCUGCCGGCAUCGCAAAUCUACAACCUGAGAAUGGAGUGGAAGAAAAAGGCGGGCGUAAUUCUCAUGUUUAGCGUUGGGAUAUUUCUCACGGCUGUCAGCGCUUACCGUAUCAAGGUGGUCAGGGAUUUUGCAGUUUCUACCAACAUCACAGGCAAUUCCUUCCAGUCCUCCCUCUUCUCCCACAUUGAGCUCUGCGUGGGCAUUUUUGUGGCCUGCCUUCCGAGCGCACGCCAAGCCUGGAAGGCCAUAUCGCCCAAGAUUGUGGAAGCAACCCGCGUUUCUUCGAGCCGCUUCUGCCCAGCCAAGGACUCCCAUGACGCAAGCAAAGCCACGCAGGCAACGACAGGCGCUUACGGGCAGCCGCCCGUCGAGGUAUAUGAUGAGUCGUCAAUAGCGCAUUUGAUCGGGGACUUCAAGAGAAUCGAUCUCAACAACCUCCCCGACCCGAGCACGACGGAGACGGAAAGCCCAAAGACGCCGGACAAGUGGAUCGACAGCAGCACGGAAUCUUCCCCGGGAGGCUCGAGAGGUGGCCGGGGCCGGGGAUGA